UCGAGAGCUCAUGAUAUUAAUACAAUGCAAGCAUGCAUAUCUUCCUCACACUUCUCUCUUGGACAAUCUCAAACUGCUCGAUGACAAUGGAAAGAUCACUUGCAGCUUUCUCGUUUGCUUUGCUUGCUUCUUUAGCUUCAGCAGUGGUUCUUCUGGUUCAAGCUCAACAAAAUCCAGGUUUUAUUAGCAUCGACUGUGGGGCACCUAAUCAAUACACCGAAGAGUAUUACAACAUAGCAUAUGCAACGGAUGAAGGCUUCAUAGAUUCCGGAGAGAACAUGCAGGUAUCCUCAGAGGUCAUAUAUACAUAUUAUCAACAAUAUUCGAAGAAUUUAAGGAGUUUUCCCAAUGGAACAAGGAACUGUUACACUUUAAGACCAGAUCGAGGCAAGAAUGUCACCUAUCUGAUUAGGGCGACAUUUUGGUAUGGGAACUAUGAUGGGAAGAAUAAAACUCCUUCAUUCGACUUAUACAUCGACGUUAAUUAUUGGGCCACGGUGAGCUCUUUGAUUUAUUUCUAUGAAGAAAUCACGUAUGUGUCCCAAGCAGAUGAUAUCCAAGUGUGCCUUGUGAAUACUGGCAAUGGAGUGCCCUUCAUUUCAGCAUUGGAGCUAAGACCUCUUGAUGAUGACAUCUCUCCAUCGGGACUUGGAUUCUUGCAACUCCACUGGCGGUGUGACAUCGGACUAAGCUCGAAGUCUCCUAUGAGGUAAUCAAUUGAUUUUAUGAAAUAUGAGGAAAUUCACUUACUAUUGGCGGUAAGAAAUUUUUACUAAGCAUCACUUUCAGGUUGACAAAUAAAUGGAUUUACGACGUUUUUGGUAAUUUUCCCCAAAUUAGUGUCCUAGAGACAUAGUAAGAACAAAUGAAAUAUAAUGGGUCAAAGUACCAUUUGACUAUUUCCUUACAUAAGUUUCUCAAAAUGAUUAAUGUUAUGUUAACAUCAGAAUCUCAUAUUAUUAAUACAUUAAUGCAAUAACUUUUUCAAACUUAAAUGUCUAUAUAUGAU